AUGGCUGCCGUGCCACCCUCGACCCCCUUCUCUGGCCACCAGCACACGCCUUACUCGUCCCGAGCCAUGCACUCGACCGCACACGCCAACCACUCGGCCGCCCACCGCCUCCCUCCCCCGUCGUCGUCGCCCUCGACCACCCACCGCGUCGCGUCCUUCGCUCCUCACGCAGCACCCUCGUCCGACGCCCACGCCUCGCUCGUCGCCUCGUCCAAGGCCGCCAUGCUCGGCACGUGGGACAACCCGCUCAUCCCCGUCCGCCGCCGCCGCACCACCCCGGCCGAACUCAACGUCCUCGAGCGCGAGUUUGGCCUCAACCCGCGCCCGGACCCGCUCGAGCGCGCGCGCAUCGCACAGCGACUCGGUAUGACGGCGAGGGCGGUCCAAGUGUGGUACCAGAACCGCAGGCAAAAGCAGAAGAAGGAGCUCGCGUGCUCGUCGUCGUCGGUCGCGUCGAGCGGGUCCGACCCUCGCGACCUCGACGGCGUCCUCCUGUCGUUCUCGUCGUCGCCCUUGCCGUCGCCGGCCAUGCCGCUCCACGCCUCGGCCGUCGCGUCGACGCCGGGCGAGCUCCCCAAGGCCGUCGUCCUCCCGAGCUUGCAGGGCCCGUGCACCGCGUCGCCGGUGCCCUCGUCGUCGGCCUCGUCGUCGUCCGGCUCGAACAAGGAGAACUCGUACUUCCCGCCGAUGCCGACCUCGGCGGCCGCCAUGCCCGCCUCGUCGUGCGGCCGCGUCACGGCGCCCGCCCUCCUCGCCGCCUCGACCAACGCUCCCGCAGCGCUCGCGCCCUCGCAGCAGCAGCACCAGGUCGCGCAGCCCUACGCGUACAGCUACUCGGCCACGGCGCUGCGCGCCGCCCCGACCGGCGUCGAAGCGGCCCUGAGCGCAGACGCCAGCGCACACGGCGUCUACCUCCACCGCGCCAGCACGGCGUCCAUCAUCGCCGCCAAGAAGCACGUGCGCAAGCGCCCGCAGGGCUCGCACGCCCCGCUCGCCCGUGUCCCGUCGCUCCCGCACGCGUUCGUCUUCCCGCCGAGCCCGGUCAAGCCCGCCGCCGCGGCGACGAGGCUCGCGACCGUGCGCAAGGCGAGCCUCAACGACGUCGCCGACCGCCAGCAGAAGAAGGCGGUCGAGGCGGCGGGCCUGUUUGCGCAUGCGCAGGGCGACACGGUCACGGCGGCGGCGCAGAGGAGGCGCUCGACGACGCCGGUCGGCGGCGCGUCCGCCACGGCCCCGGCGCCCGCUCCCGUCGCAGCUGCGCCGUCGGCCUCGACGCCGUUCGCCGCAGACGGGCUCGCGCCGUUCGCGCAGGCGCAGCCGUCGUCGCUCGUCGCCAUGACGCCGGUGAGCAAGGCCAAGGCCAAGGACGAGCUCCUGCGGCACAUGGAGAGCGACCCGCCCUCGGCGUCGUCGCCUGCGCCGCUCACUCGUCGUCGCAUGAUGGCGCACGAGGCGUCGAUGGGCGACGUCGCCAUGCUCGGCGACGACGACGACGACGACGAGCACGACGACGAGGACCGAGGCGUCUUCUCGAGGCUCGACAUUCCGCACCGCCCGGCGGCCACCCGCUCCCUUUCGGCGUCGUACACCGACUCGACCACGUUCCCGACCCUGUCGUCAUUCCCUCGCGCCGCCCCGACCAUGGGCCGCACUGCCUCGCUCGGCUCGUUCCCGUCGCACCCGCACUCGCGCACCUCGACCUCGGCCUCGGGCCCUGGUCCCGUCGAGCACGGCAACGCCCACUCGGCGCUCACGGCCUCGUCGCGGGCCGCGAGCGCUGCCGCCGGCUCGGCCCGCACCUGCGCCGUCGAGGCGCUCGGGCGCAAGCGCGCACGCUUCAUCGAGCACCACGCCGCCGUCCUGCCCGUGCGCGCUCCGUCGUCGCGCCCGUCGACGUCGGCGUACGCGACGCAGGGGCGCGCGUUCGGCGGCCUCUCGUUCGAGUUCUCGACGGCGGCGGCGGCGAGGAAGGAGGCUGGGCAGCGCAAGCGUCGCCGGACGUCGGGCGAGUCGGCGACGAGCCAGGCCUCGGCCUCGGUGACGAGCGCUGCCACCACGGCCGCGUCGACGGCUGCAGAGGACGACAGCUUUGGCGACCUGAGCUUCUCGUCGACGUCGACGGCGAGCACGGUCGACUCGCUCGUCACGGUCGCCGGCGGCGACGACGGCGCCUACUCGUCCUUCGCGCCCUCGUCGUCGGCCAAGCACGCGAGCUCCUCGGUCGAGGCGCACGGCGGCAAGACGCCCGAGGACGAGCAGCGCGAGUGCGCCGAGCUCCUCCUCGGCCUCGGCGGGUUCUUCUGA